AUCUCUUGUCCAAUCAGAAUUACACAAUGACGCUGUAAUCGUUGCAUCAUGUAGCAUGUGACAGAUAUUCUAGGAAGGUGAUGUCAUUAUAGCCUCUAUUUGGUUAAAAACAAUCAUGGCGGAUCAUUCGAUGCAUGAGACAGCAGAAAAUUCGUUCGAGAAUAUUCUGGAGAAAGAAAGCCAGCCCUCAAAAGAUGAGCAUGUAUUCGAUUUUGUUGAUGUCGUUAAUGGAUUUUCAAAACUUUUUACGGUUAACCCAUCGUAUCAGUUGGAUGAGUUGGAAAACAUAAUUGAAAGCUUGCUGAUUUAUUGUGGAGAAUGCUGCGCAUUGACUGAUCAAAUCCGAGAAGAAUCGAAAAAGCUAUUAUUUGCGGCACUACCUGAAUUUUAUGAAAAGAGAGCAGCCAUGCAGUCCAUUUUCAAACAAAUUGACUGUUUAGAGGAAUUCAUUUCAGUUAUUAAAGCAAAUGUUGAACAAUUGGAAGAGAGUGUGCAACUUGGUGAAAAAGAACUUGGGAAUAAAAAUUUAAAGAAAUUUAUGUCAUCAAUUCCAAUUCCCAGCUUUUUUGCUCAAAAGAAGCAAGCUAGAAGCCACCAGAAAGCAGAAGUCAAGGACACAGAUCCUCAAAUACCUCAGAUUUUCAAAGUAGAUGAUUACAUUGAGACUGACGACAGCGAAUCAUAAUAGGAUUAAACAAGAUUUUCUAUUUCACAUGCUGUUAAAUUUGGUUCUACUUGGAAUAGCAGGCAGUAAAGAAAGAUAGGAAAUUAUCUUAUGGUUCACUGGCCCUGCUUGAAAAUUGAAACUGAUUCAUUAAACAUUUGCCCCCAAAUUAUACAUGGGCCAACUAUUUGCUCCCAAAAUAUUGUGGGAGGCGCGAUACACCCCCAUGUGUACAAGACUUUAGGCAUGGAGCAGCUACUUCAGGUUCAUCCCCUACACAUUCAUUUUUAGUAAAUAAAAAGAAUAUUUGCCUUUGCCUAAAACAAUUGUUCUGUUCAUCAGUCUCCCAGCCCCCCCCCCCCACACACACACCACACACCUUAGCAUUAAUAAGAAUUAUCUCAUUGUCGAUAUUUUUCCUGCAUUAUUCUCGAUAAUGUAAUUGACAUGUUAGCAAGAUGUUACCUUGUUCUGUUUUAAUUGCCAAAUUUGGUUGUAAACUUUGACGACAUAAGCACCAUUAUUUUAAAUAGAUAGUUGACAAUACAGAAAACAUCGCUAAGUUGCUGAAGACAAAAAUCCCCUAAAUUGAAGUUAAGAUUGGCCCUGAUUUUAACAUUUCCUUCUUUUGUAGAAUUUUUCCUCAAAUUUGAAAAGUUUAAGCGAAAUUCAAGCUAAUUUGAAUAAACAGUCUAGUGCCAUGCCAACUUUCUAAGCAGAACAUCACUCUUUAAUUCAUCAUUUAGAAACAAAGGAUAAUAUUAGGAUAACAUUAUCAAUUUAAUAUUCAAUUUUCAAUAUUCAAUUUUACCUAAUUAUUUGAAAGCAAAUUAAUUAUAUUUUGCAAACGAAUAGACACGGGAGUCAUAGCACUGUAAAUAGACAUAACGGCUUUAAAUUUGUAUUCUAAUUUGUGUAUUUUCCUAAAUAUGAUACAAUUUUUUUGCGGUACAGAAUUUGAAAAUGGCUUUGAAA